GGUGUUUUUUUAUUGACAGUGCGAAUUACAAUUUUUUUUACACAAAAAUAAGAGCCUAUAAAUAAAUAAUAACAAUAUAAAUAAAUUAAAAUAUGGCUGACACUGAAAACGAAACUUCACUAACUACAGCAGAUAAAGAAAAGGAUAAUAAAAUUUGUAUACUCUUAAAUGCUACUGGCAAUGUCCCCAUUAUCAAGAAACGCACUUGGACGGUAGAUCCUUACAAGACCGUCAGCUGGAUACAAAAGUUUAUCCAUAAAUAUUUAAAAUUAGAUCCUUCGGAACAAAUCUUUUUAUAUGUCAAUCAAACAUUUGCACCUGCUCCCGAUCAAAUUAUCAAAAAUCUAUAUGAUUGUCAUGGAACUAAUGGCAAAUUGGUACUGUAUUAUUGCAAAAAUCAAGCCUGGGGAUAAAUCGAUAUAAUGAUGUCUGCCCUGCUCUAACAAUAUUUAACCAAAAAAGUCAAGUUUAUUAUUUUUAACAUUAUAUAAAUAAGCAUUUAUUUAAUAAUAAAACAUUAUUAAAUCGAUAAUAAAAAAACAAAAA